AUGGCGAUCCUGAGGUCGAAGUUCAAGGCGAAGAAGAACACCAAUCCGAAAUGGAACCCUAACGGCUUGUGCCUGGGAACCGACUACGAUCUCGUCUUCACCAACGAGAACACCAAGGAAGAGUACGGCGAACAAGAAGAAGCGUUGAUCCCUUGCGGCGCUUCCAUUGCGGUCCGGCGAGUCCCCGGAGAUCGUCGCCGGAGGUGUAUCGACACCUCCAAGAUCGUAGUCGAGAACAACUCCUAUCAAGAAAAGGAAGCGACUUUGAUGGCAGAAUCGAAAGAUUCAGGAGAACCCACGACCUCAAUGGAGAAGAGCAGUGUUACAGACGAAGAAGAAGAAGAAGAAGAAGAAGAAGAAGAAGAUUUCCAUGAUUUCGGGGAAGAUGCUCUGGGUUUAGAGAAGAAACAGGGGAAGGCUAGUGGAGCAGCGAUAAGCAAAGAAGAGGAGGAUAUGAAGAUUAAGAAAUUGGUUAGCACACCUGCUCUGUCUCAGUUUCAGGGGAAGAGGAAACCCAUGUGCGGCAUUGGCGGUGGAUCAUAUGUGUGGCGGAGAAACAACGGCGGCGACGGCGGCAGCAGCAAGAGGCAGAGGUUGACGGUUCAGCCCGAUGAAGAAAAUUUCCGAAGGGAGAUAGAGGCAAUACUUCCCUCAUCAUCGUCAUCUUCCAGCGGCAGCAACGACAUAGAGAAUGAAAUUGUAAAUAUUUCGACCGAUACGCAUUCUCUUUCUCCUUCGAUUUUUUUUAAUAGUUGUAAAAUGAGGUGGAAAUUAUAA